GCCUCUCUGAAAAGCUUCCAAUGAUUCUUAUUGUUUUUCCUUUCCUUCACAGAAAGGAGAGGCACACAAUACUUUUGCAAAAGACUCAUAGUACCCAAGGGACCAAGACAAUGAAUUCACCUGACCUUUGGGACCCCGCAGAAGUGCAGUUUUGCUUUGCUCUGAUUAACAACUCAUGCCCUAGAAAUGUGAGGUCUGUGCUGGGCGCCUCUGCCAUGUACUUUGUCAUGGUUGGUGCUAUCGUGAUGACCAUCCUGGGCAACCUGGUGGUGAUUGUUGCCAUCACCCACUUCAAGCAGCUCCACACCCCAACCAACUUCCUGAUCCUCUCCAUGGCCACCACCGACUUCCUGCUGAGCUGCGUGGUCAUGCCCUUCAGCAUGAUCCGGUCCAUCGAGUCCUGCUGGUACUUUGGAGAUCUCUUUUGCAAAGUGCAUAGCUGCUGUGACAUCAUGCUCUGUACCACCUCCAUUUUUCACCUCUGCUUCAUCUCAGUGGAUCGUUACUAUGCUGUUUGUGACCCUUUGCAUUAUGUUACCAAAAUUACCAUUCCUGUCAUAGAGCUCUUUCUGCUCAUCAGUUGGUCUAUCCCAAUCUUUUUUGCCUUUGGCCUGGUAUUCUCAGAAUUAAACAUAAUCGGUGCAGAAGAUUUCGUUGCAGCCAUUGACUGCACAGGUUUGUGUGUGUUGAUAUUUAACAAAUUUUGGGGGGUGAUGGCCUCUUUUAUAGCCUUUUUUCUUCCUGGGACGGUAAUGGUGGGGAUUUACAUACACAUUUUCAUGGUAGCCAGGAAGCAUGCUAAGCAAAUUGGCAUGGGUUCUAUGACAAAACAGGUUGGGUCAGAAAGCAGAAUGAAAGCAUCAUCGAAAAAAGAAAGCAAGGCCACCAAGACUUUAAGUAUAGUCAUGGGAGUGUUUGUGCUGUGCUGGCUGCCCUUUUUUCUCUUGACAAUUACAGACCCUUUCAUCAAUUUUACAACCCCUGAAGAUUUGUAUAAUAUCUUCCUCUGGCUGGGUUAUUUUAAUUCCACUUUCAAUCCCAUUAUAUAUGGCAUGUUUUAUCCUUGGUUUCGCAAGGCUUUAAGGAUGAUUGUCACAGGAAUGAUCUUCCUCCCUGAUUCUUCCACCCUAAGCCUGUUUCCUGAACAUGCUUAG